UACUACCCUAGUUUGCCCUAGCUACACAUCAUCACUGGAGUCAGCCUUGUGUUAAUGUUACUUGCUGUCGGAUAGCUAAUAGUCAGACCUGAGAGAGGGAACAGCAGAUAAGGCAUUCCAUAUUAAUAUUAUUACGCACACAGGUAGUGUGUUGAUGAUGGUGUAAUCGCAUCUUGCUGCCUCAAUCACAUGUAUCACAUGGAGCUAUGCAAACGUACUAGGAAAUAUACAUCCUUGUCGACUACUGCCGAGGACAUUCUGGAUGGCCUAGAGAGUAAAAGAAUUCGGAUAGCAUACAAUUCUUCCAAUUUGAAAACGUGUAGUCCGAUGGAAAAUGAUUCCGGGAAAGUCUCGGAUGGAAAUACUGUGUUAGAGGAAAUCUCACCGUCCAGUGUCAAUAUGAUGCAGAAUGGUACCCAUCUAAAUGGAAUGGUAGAUUCAGCUAAUAUAGGAGGAACCAUGAAUUCUCAGCCUCAAAAAACGGAACCCGAUCCAGAUGCCAUCAAGAUGUUUGUUGGUCAGAUUCCCAGAUCCAUGGAUGAAUCUGAUCUCAAGAAAAUGUUUGAAGAGUUUGGUCCAGUGUUUCAGUUAAAUGUGCUGAGGGAUAAAGGAACAGGACAGAGCAAAGGAUGUUGUUUCGUUACGUUUUUUACAAGAAAAGCUGCAUUAGAUGCUCAGAAUGCUUUACACAAUAUCAAAACAAUGGCUGGGAUGCACCAUCCAAUACAGAUGAAACCUGCCGACAGUGAAAAAAGAAACGAGGAGAGAAAGCUUUUUGUUGGGAUGGUGUCAAAGAAAUGUACAGAAAAUGAUGUGAGAAUGAUGUUUGCACCGUUUGGGACGAUAGAGGAUUGUACAGUGUUGCGGGAUCAGAAUGGCCAGAGUAAAGGUUGUGCAUUUGUAACAUAUGCAAACAGACAGUCUGCACAGAAUGCGAUAAAGAGUACCCAUCAUUCCCAGACCAUGGAGGGUUGUACGUCACCAGUCGUCGUAAAAUUUGCUGACACACAAAAAGAAAAAGAACAGAAAAAACUUCAACAGAUGAGUGCCAACCUUUGGAAUAUGUCUGUAGGAAACAACAUGACCCCACAGUAUCUUUCUCUGCUGCAACAAGCUGCUGCUGCAGGGGGAAACAUGGGGAUGCUAGCAAACAUGAACAAUAUGGGGCGGAUAAACCAAAAUGAUAACGGUUCUAAUUCUCUCGGCGUCCAGCAAUUGCUAAUAGCAGCAGCUGCGGCUGCUGCUAGCAACAACCCAGGAUUGCUAGCGGCCCUCGCGGGGCUGAGCAACAGUGCCAAUAACUCCACCCCUACUUCUCCCACGACUUCCGGAGCUAACACUGCCACUCGCUCCAACAUGGGGUCAGGCCAAGGUGAUGGGGCAUCAAACAAUCUUCAUUUGCAGAAUCUGCAGAGUUUGGCAGCAUUAGCUGGUGCAGCAAACAAUGCAGGUGCCCUUAACACACUAGGGAUGCAGAAUUUAGCAGCAUUAGGGGCGACAAGUUCAGCCAAUGUAUCUGGUUCAUUAGGCACUACAUCUAAUUCCCUGGCUGGAAUUACAGGCCUACAGAACUUUGGCAACAAUAACUUAUCGUCCAGUGGCAUGGCUAACAAUAUGAAUGGUUUAGGCUCCAACCCCAGCUCGGGUAUGGAUGCCCUUAGUCAAGCCUAUUCCGGAAUCCAACAAUAUGCAGGUUUGUCGGGUUUACUCAGUCCAGGUAAAGCAUCCUUCCCGAAUGCCUUUGGUAGCCAGACAGCACAGCAGCUGCAGCAGGCAGCUGCCAACUCACCAGCAGGCAAACAAACAGAAGAAGCUGUCUCAAGAAAACUGAAGACCGGCCUCUAUUCAAGGAAUGAGGGUCCAGAAGGUGCUAACUUGUUCAUAUACCACCUACCUCAGGAAUUCAGUGACCAAGACCUAAUGCAGACCUUUCUGCCCUUCGGAUCAGUGAUUUCUGCUAAAGUCUUCAUUGAUAAGCAGACAAACCUCAGCAAGUGCUUUGGAUUUGUGAGUUAUGACAACUCUGUCUCGGCCCAUGCUGCCAUACAGGCCAUGAAUGGGUUCCAAAUUGGAAUGAAGAGGCUGAAAGUGCAGCUCAAACGACCAAAGAAUGACAGCAAGCCGUAUUGAUAAUGUCCGACUGUUAUGACAACGUGGCGUUGACGUGAAGUGGUGUGUCCCCGUGUCCACGUGCCGUACGUCCUUCAUGUUUACAUAACUCAUCGCUAGCCUGUAUGAUUGACAAAAACUUUAAUGUCGCAUAAAUACGUAAGUGUCUCUCAGCAAACCACAGUCCAUCCAGCUCCGUCUGUAUGUCAGUCAGUCACGCCGGGCUAGUGGGCCCAUGGUCAACACCGACACACAUAUAUAAAUAUACACUUACAACUGUCGUUGUUUGUUGUCCUGUUCAAAGUUGAUUACAUGUGCAGAUUCCUGUAACCAAAUCACUGGGUUGCCAUAUAUUAUUUUGGAAUUAUGAUUGUAUGACACUGUAUUGUAACAAGAAUUGUCAUUUUUUUUCUGUCUUUUAAUGUAAAGAGUAUUAUAUUGCCAGUAUAGGUACAUGUAUAUGUCGGUGUAAAUAUAUAUAGUACAAGUAUGCUUUUAGAUAUAAUCACUUUAAAAUGCAUGUAUUGUAAUUGUCCGUUUUCUGUGUAAACAUGACGAGAAAUACCAAAGAAAAUUAGAUUAAUUCUCUUUAUAUCAACCCUGGCGUCUGUGUGGUGCCUCUAGUAAAAGUUAUCUGGACGUUUCAAAGUUAUAGAUGUCCAGGUACCAUAGUUGCAUUUUAUUAAUCAUGGUUUUGGAAUGAUGUAACCCUUCCUUGUCCCUCGUCAAUAGCAGACAUUUGUCAGUGAAUCAUAUCUAUGUCAUUGCUAUUUCUGAGGGUUAGAAGGUACGUUUACCCAAUGGUCUAGAAAAUACCAAUACACAAUGUCUUUAUCAACAAUUAUCUUGUAGUGUUAAAUAGAAAAUGUUGGACUGCCAUGUAUGUAUUUGAAUGUUGCCAUUUAUGUUGAUAUUGGAAUAACUUUGUCUUUUCUUUUUCUUAAAAAUAACAAAUUUCAGAUUAUUUCUGAGCUCAGUUUUGACUCACAAACAGAUUUAUCAAUAUCAUUGUGUAUGUAUUUGGAUCUCCAUGGGUAAAUUUUAUCCUGUAAAAGCAGCAAAGAAAUAGAGGACAACGUAUUCCUCUAUUCCAUAACCUGUAAAUUUCUCAUUAUCACAUCAAACAUUACAUUAUCUUCAAAUGUUCUGCAAUUCCACUAGCACAGAAGAUCAUAACAAAUGGUUUCAACAUUAGCCCUGUAUCUGCAGUAGCUUGAUCAUUGUCAAAUAUUACCCACCCAUGUUUUGCUUAAUCAAGCACAGUAUUAAUAUUUUAUUGUCAAGUAAGCAUAUGUCCUAGGCUAUUGAACAGUCUUGUGAAGUCCUUUUGUGUCAUGGGGGAUUGGAAAGUUUGCAUCAUAUAGAUUGGAUAUAAAUAAUAUUAAGAAAUAAGUUAUUUUGAUGUGGGUGUAAUCGUUGAAAAAAUGUGACAAGAAGGAGAGGAGAAAAAAGAAAAAAAAAUGGUUUUGAUGUGUAUCGUAUUUAGUAAAAGAAAAGAAAAUGGCAGAGAAUCUAUGUUUAUAUAUGGUUUGUGAUGGUUGUGGUAAUGAGAGAUGAGAUAACUAUUCCCCAUACCUAGUUAUGGCAGCCCAGUGUUUUUGUUCCAUGGCUGUUUAUCAAGUAUCUUCAACUAGUGCUUAUAAGCUUACUAUAUCGUAACGUGUAGUGCCAGGUGUUUGUUAAAACGUUUCUCCAUUAGUAUGUUUUUUGUGGUCAUUGUUUGCAGUGUUUUAAACAAAAAUAUUGUAAAGAACGAUUUCCUCUUCAUCUGUGUUGGAAGAGAGAGAGUAAAAUAUAUAUAUAUUGUUAUGGUUUUGUUAAACGGUGUGAGAAGAAUCAAAAUGUGGUUAUUUCUUUUCUUAAAUAACCCAAUUUCAAUAUUUUUUCUUCAUUUUUUGUUUGGCAAGUAUUGCACUUUGGUGAAUGUUGAUGUUUUGGUACACGGUUUUGUGUCUUGAUAUUUCAAAUUAUAUAUCAUAAUAUAUCAUGUGAAUGGUGAAUAAUGUUUUGGUGUGAGUUUGAUAUUCAAACUAAAAUCUGAAUCUAUUAAUACUACUACUAAGUUGAGCUGUUUCUGGCCGUCAAUCUCACUGGUAGUACUAUGUAGCAUCAGGCGUAGCACAAAAUCUGUGUUUUCAUUAUCUGCGUACAGAAACCAUAGCCUGUCAUGUUUUGCGCAACUUUUUCAAGCAUUUACCUUGAUAUUAGGAACUUUCACUCUGUUGUUUAAAUAUGACCCUCUUUAAAACGAAAUUUGGAUCCAAAUAGCUAGGGGGGGAAGUAUUUAUUGUAUGUAUUGCGAGCAAUAAAGCCAAGCUGUAUUGCUGUUCAGUAGAAUUACAAGGAAAGAGUUUUAUUCUUCACUGUCAUGCAAUAUACAACACAUCCUCUGAAUUUAGGACAGAACCUAUUGGCAUCCCGGGCUUGUAGAAUAAACGAGUUAAUUGACUUUUAAAGAAGUGGACCUGUGCCUCAAAACUUUGACAUAAUGGUCAUUGGUAAAGUACCCUUUUCACUAGUAAUUCUUCUUUGGUUCAGGAGCACGUCUGUCAGUUUUCUUGGUUGGUUUGUCAUCAUUUUGUGACGCUUUAGACAUUGAACCAUAUCUAUGUUAUGUGUAUAACUGUGUGUACGAAGCACAGCUGUGAUCAGAAAUGACAAUCGAACGUUUUUGUGUUAUGUUCACUGCUGAACGUGAUUCCUGUCGGCCUGCCACUUGGUUUUCAUCAUAUUUUAUUUGAUAAGCUGUUUAAACGAUUAAGUUUAUGAUUUUCUCUACGAAUAAACACUAUCAUAAAAGAUAUACAAGGUAUUCAUUUGAAUAUCAACUAAGGAUCUGUUGAAAGGGAGUGAGGUAGAGAGAGGGAAGAUGAACAUUUUUGUAGUUUUAGUUAUUCACUUCAUCUGCAUUCAAUUUAUACUCGCACACUGUGAAAUCAAAUCAUGUGAAAGAAAGCAAUAUUUCAGCUGAUAAUGAUUGUAAAUCAAAAUGGCUACAAAUCAAAAUGGCAGGUUGCUGGAGGUUUGAUUCUAUCAGACGUAAGUGCCUUAUUUAGUACUGUUUCCCCAUGUUAUCAAUACGUCAACAUUAGCAGUCUGUUAGAUAGCGAAUCACUUUUAUAUCAAAUUGACAGAAAACAGUAUAGCUAAUAACCUGUUUUGGCGGCAAACAAACUUGUAACCUUAAUAGUAGUGUUUAAAGAUUGUUACGUGAACUGUAGAAUAUUUUUGAAUUUUCAAAAUUCAACCGUUUUGUUCAGAUUAUUAAGUUUUCUUAUAUCCUCAAAUGACUGUUUGUGAAGUUUGUCCUUGUUUGUUCAUAGAUAAACAAAACAUUCUGUGAUAAUCAAGACUUGACACAAUAAAGAAAGACCUUUUUCUGACAGGAGAUUCCUUGGAUUUCUGUGGCUAUAUUUACAUAGAGGAGUCACCUUUUAUAUUUAGAAGCAAGGGGGAAUCCCUGUUGUCUGUAUAUAGUGUUGGGGGAUUCCUUUAUGCUAAGUGUGCCAGUGAGAUUGACUGCCAGUGAUGCUGAAAGGUACUCAGGAAUACGUGUACAAAACUUGUGUUUGUCGGUGAAACUGUCCAUGUAUUCAGUAGUUACAAUACUGUCACAGACAGGGAUUAGUUCAUAUCUAUCAGAUAAGUGUUUAGUGUCCUCUAAUCAUUGGAGUCCGUUUCAAUUACUUAAGGUGAUGUUGAGGAUCUGUAAACGUCCAUUUACUUAAAGGAAGCGUUUGUUCUCAUGGAAAAAAAUUACCAUUUGUUUGUUUCUUACUUAAGGUGUGGUAAGCAAUAUGUUUUUACUCUUCCACUGGGAUUGGACCACUUUGGUCUUGACGUCCACCGCAAACUGUCCGUUGUGGAUCCAUCCGGUGGAAGAGUAAUAGUGAACACAGAUAAUUUUACCUUCUAAUCAAACAGUUCAUGUGAGGCUGUAUCAUACCAUAGAUUUGUGGAAAACACCUGUCCUCUGACCAUUCAACAAAAAUAUUUAUAGAUAACUCCCAAAAUAUUUCAACCAUCUUUCAUGAGUGCAAAAUAUCCCACAAAUCCGUUUUUGAUAUGAGCCACAUGAAAUUGUCUUGGGUGAAUGAAGUUAUUUCUGUUCAGUGUUCUUGUACACAGGAAUUUUAACACUGCAUUAGGACUACAUCAUAGGUCCAAAUGCAACUGUACAUGCAAUCGAAAUGUUUUAUUUUAUUUCCAGAUAUUUUAUAUAAAAAUAAUUGUAACAGAUAUAGGAAAAUGUGUAGUUUUUAUCCCUGUAAUUGAACGUUACAUGUGCUUCGUGGUGUUUUUUUGAAUUUAGACCCAAUAUUGUUAUGUGUUUCUGGUAUUUUAAAAAUUAUAUUUGUUAAACCACACCUUGGUAGAAAAUUGUAAACAAAUUACUCAACAGCGCUGUACUUACUGAAGAUGUCCUUGAAAUUUGUUACUAAAAUUGAUCAUGUUAUUCAAAAUUUUCAUUUUUCCAAAUUUGAAAAAAAAAAGUUAGAAUAUCAGAAAUUGAUGAACAGGGAGAGAGAAGAAAAACUACACAAUAUGAAUUAGAUCAUUAAAUGGUCACUUCAUUAGAUAUCAAAUCUCGAGGACAUUAACUAUGUUUCUGGGAUGUGGUGAUGUUUUUUUGUGAAGAAAAUGUUUGUUAGAUAAUUAUUUUGUUUAAUAGCUUGCCAUGCUGGAUUUUUGGUGUGGUGAAGUUAGUUCAAUUUGCUCAGAAGUGGUAAGGGAACUCAGCACCAGUGACCCAGUUUAAACUUUUUUUGUUAUUUAAAAAAUUCAAUAGAAUAAAUAAAGUUGAUAGGGUUUUGUCUCACUUGUUGAUAUUUUUACCUGCAUAUAAUGAAUCAUGUGUAUGUCAAAUUGUCCAUCUCAUGCAUAUGAGGUUAUCAGUAAUAAUUAUUUCUAAGUUCAAGAAAAAUAAUCCACACAUACAUGACAGUGUGAAAAUAGACAUAUCAUUUUCUGCCUUGAUUUAAUCUGUGAUCAAGAGACUUUCCAUUAACAUUAUGUUGGUAUAUGACUAAUCCUCAGAAUAGCUGGAUUAUUGUGAACAAACGGAUCUCUUUGCCUCUUUUUGGAUAUCCUUUCAUUAAAAGUUUACACAAAACCACUCCAAAAUAUCUUCUACAUUCGGAUACACAUAGGGCUGAAUUUAGGGGCACAUUUUGCCGUUGGUAUGUGUUCUGGAGCAUAGCCGGGUUAUGAUUUUUCCAAUCUCUGGUAAUUUUCUCAAGAACAUUGAACAACUCUAAUUUCGAUGAGUAGAGUUGUACGGUAUAACUCGUGAUUAUCAAUAAAAUUGUUCUCGUAUGAAAAAAAAAAAAAAAUCAAAAAGUACUUUUAAUGCUAGCAUAUUAUGACAAUUUUAACGAGCCAUACAGUAUUUUGUGGUAUAUGAUAAAACAUUAUAGUGAACCUGUUGUAGAGUAGUGUUUCACAUCACAGUAUACAUUGUAUAAUGAAUAUCUAGUCAGUGAUGUCUGUCUUUAAAAUACCAUACUUAAACUCUCCACAUAACAAUUAUUAUAGCACAUUGAUACAAAUUUUUUUUUUUUUAAUUAUUAUAUGUACUGCACUUCUCGAAAAAAAAGUUUGAAGUCUCUGCAGCCUUCAGAAUAACACUAUUUAUGUGUCUUGCCAGGUAGCGAAACCUGGUUUGCGUUACUCUGAACUGGUUGCUACAGAGGGUAUAAAGAAAACAUUUUAUAAUAGCUCUGGCAAAAGCUGCUUAACAUGGGCUAAUAUUGAGUAAAGAUUCACACGUGUAUAUUAUUAUUAUUAAUACAAAUAAAAAGCAUUUAUUUCAUAUAAACCAGACCUAGAAAAGUAAGAUCAUGGAAGAUCAUUGUACGUCUUUAUUUUGGUUUUCCUUAUUUGUCGACCUCAGCGAAGGGCGGCAGGAAAUGACCGCAUUACUUUCUGAGUAAAGAAAGCACUAAGCCACCUUUGUUAAAUAUUAGUUAUGAAUUGUGUUGUGGUUUGGCUGUGUACAGAAUCGUAUGCCAUUAAACAGUUUCAAAUAAAAA